AUGCUUCGUUCGAUACCCGCAAGACGUGCCAUUCGCACAAUCGGCAGUAAUUCGAGAUGGAUGGAGGUUGCUGGUGCGAGGGGCUUGUCGAAUCGUGUGAAGGCAGCGGGUGGUAUUAUGGUGGAGAAGAAAGGUACAAGAGGACAGGCCACUGCUGCCCCUCAGGUUUCUAAUCAAGCUAGAGAAAGUCCAAGUCCGGCAUUCAACAAUGAACCUUCGAAGAAUGAUUCGCGCAAGGAAUUGACGGGACAGGGGCAUAAAUACUCGGAGAUGGAUGAGUCAUUUAUUGGGAUGACUGGUGGGGAGAUCUUCCAUGAAAUGAUGUUACGACAAGAUGUUAAACAUAUCUUUGGUUAUGCAGGAGGAGCCAUUUUACCAGUAUUCGAUGCGAUCUACAACUCAAAACAUUUCGAAUUUAUUCUACCAAAACAUGAACAGGGUGCUGGACAUAUGGCGGAAGGAUAUGCUAGAGCUUGUGGUAAACCUGGUGUUGUUCUCGUUACAUCUGGACCUGGUGCUACCAAUGUUAUUACCCCAAUGCAGGACGCUUUAUCUGAUGGAACUCCAAUGGUUGUUUUCACCGGACAAGUCGUUACAACUGCCAUAGGAAGUGACGCUUUCCAAGAGGCUGAUAUUGUUGGCAUCUCAAGAGCUUGCACAAAGUGGAACGUCAUGGUUAAGAAUAUUGCCGAACUUCCAAGAAGAAUUAAGGAGGCAUUCGAAAUCGCUACUUCCGGAAGACCUGGACCAGUUUUGGUAGAUUUACCAAAGGAUGUCACUGCUGGUAUCCUCCGAAAAGCUAUUCCUAGCCACCACAUUAUGCCAUCUCUACCCAGUCAGGCCUCAAGAGCAGCACAAGCUAUUCAAAAGAAGCAGCUUCAAGCCUCAAUUGAUCGUGUUGCAAAAUUGAUCAACAUUGCAAAGAAGCCAAUUAUAUACGCUGGUCAGGGUGUUAUCUCCCUUCCAGAAGGUCCUAAAUUGCUCAAGGAGCUUGCCGACAAGGCAUCUAUCCCUGUCACAACAACUCUUCAAGGUCUCGGUGGAUUUGAUGAGCUUGAUGAGAAAUCUUUACACAUGCUUGGUAUGCACGGUUCUGCAUAUGCUAACCUUUCCAUGCAAGAAGCCGAUCUCAUUAUUGCUCUUGGAGCACGUUUCGAUGAUCGUGUGACUGGAAGCAUUCCAAAGUUCGCACCAGCAGCAAAGGCAGCAGCAGCUGAAGGUCGCGGAGGUAUUGUUCACUUCGAAAUUAUGCCAAAGAACAUCAACAAGGUUGUUCAGGCUACCGAGGCAGUUGAGGGUGAUGUUGUUACCAACCUUGCUCAACUUCUUCCGGCUGUUGAGAAGAAAUCUAUGGAUGAGCGUAAAGAAUGGUUCGACCAAAUUAGAUUCUGGAAAGAGAAAUUUCCCCUUUCUCACUAUGAAAAGGCUGAACCGGAUGGACUUAUUAAGCCACAAACUUUGAUUGAGGAACUCUCAAAUUUGACAGCCGAUAGAAAACACGAGACCAUCAUUGCUACCGGUGUCGGUCAACAUCAAAUGUGGACUGCACAACAUUUCAGAUGGAGACAUCCAAGAACUAUGAUCACAUCUGGUGGUCUUGGUACUAUGGGUUAUGGUCUUCCAGCAGCUAUCGGUGCAAAGGUUGCGAAGCCUGAUGCUCUUGUCAUCGAUAUUGACGGAGAUGCAUCCUUUAACAUGACACUUACUGAGCUCUCCACUGCAUCUCAAUUCAACAUCGGCGUUAAGGUCAUUGUCCUUAACAACGAAGAACAAGGAAUGGUCACCCAAUGGCAAAACAUCUUUUACCAAGAUAGAUAUGCACAUACCCACAGCACUAACCCAGAUUUCAUGAAAUUGGCUGAUUCAAUGGGUGUACAACACAGAAGAUGUAUCAAGCCAGAUGAUGUUAGGGAUUCUUUGAAAUGGUUGAUUGACAGUGAUGGACCAGCACUUUUGGAAGUUGUUACCGAUAAGAAGGUACCUGUCUUACCGAUGGUACCAGCCGGAAAUGCUCUACAUGAUUUCUUGGUUUAUGAUCCAGUGAAAGACAAGGAGAGAAGAAAGAUGAUAAAAGAGAGGACCUGUGGUUUACAUGGAUAA